CUUCCACUGGAUGAUAUUGCUGAUAUCAUCCACCUCGAUGCCCAGCGGCUCCAUUACUAUAGGGGCAAUUACAUGACCUUCAAAAAGAUGUACCAGCAGAAGCAGAAAGAACUGUUGAAGCAGUAUGAGAAGCAAGAGAAAAAGCUGAAGGAGCUGAAGGCAGGCGGAAAGUCCACCAAGCAGGCAGAAAAGCAAACGAAGGAAGCCCUGACUCGGAAGCAGCAGAAAUGCCGACGGAAAAACCAGGAUGAGGAAUCCCAGGAAGCCCCUGAGCUCCUGAAGCGCCCUAAGGAGUACACUGUGCGGUUCACUUUUCCAGAUCCCCCACCACUCAGCCCCCUCAUCCUGGGUCUGCAUGGUGUGACAUUUGGCUAUGAGGGGCAGAAACCACUCUUUAAGAACCUGGAUUUUGGCAUCGACAUGGAUUCACGGAUCUGCAUUGUGGGCCCUAAUGGUGUGGGGAAGAGUACACUACUCCUGCUGCUGACUGGCAAGCUGACACCGACCCACGGGGAAAUGAGGAAAAACCACCGGCUGAAAAUUGGCUUCUUCAACCAGCAGUAUGCAGAGCAGCUGCGCAUGGAGGAGACGCCCACUGAGUACCUGCAGCGGGGCUUCAACCUGCCCUACCAGGAUGCCCGCAAGUGCCUGGGCCGCUUUGGCCUGGAGAGUCACGCCCACACCAUCCAGAUCUGCAAACUCUCUGGUGGUCAGAAAGCGCGAGUUGUGUUUGCCGAGCUGGCCUGUCAGAAGCCGGAUGUCCUCAUCUUGGACGAGCCAACCAAUAACCUGGACAUAGAGUCUAUUGAUGCUCUGGGGGAGGCCAUCAAUGAAUACAAGGGUGCUGUGAUCGUUGUCAGCCAUGAUGCCCGACUCAUCACAGAAACCAACUGCCAGCUGUGGGUGGUGGAGGAGCAGAGUGUUAGCCAGAUUGAUGGUGACUUCGAAGACUACAAGCGGGAGGUGUUGGAGGCCCUGGGUGAAGUCAUGGUCAGCCGACCCCGAGAGUGAGCUUUCCUUCCCGGAAGUCUUCCAAGAGACAAGCUUGUGUGGCUUGAAGUUCCCCGAUGUCUCCCUUUCUCCUCUGAAGACUGCCUCUGACCUGCAGCUGACCUAGCAACCACUCAGGCACAUGAAGGUGGAGUGUGACCUUGAUGUGACCAGGAUGCCACUCUGAUUGCAUCCAUUUCUCUGAUAGACUUGUUUGUUCUGCUUUUCUUCAGAUAACUGACCUGGCCUUAUCCUUGACAUCCCUCUAAACAAACAGAGGUGACCACCUUGUUGUGAGGUUCCAUCCAGCCAAAUUUAUGUGGCCAGUUGUCUGAAGACUCAUCACUCGGAAGCCUGCCUCUGGUUCACCCUACAGCUUCAGGCCCAGCUGCCCCCUGGUCUUUGGGUGGUGCUGUUCUUUUCUGGUGGAUUUAAUGCUGACUCAUUGGUACAAACAGCUGUAGAAGCUCAGAGCUGGAGUGAGGGUCUGAGGCCUUUGCCAUUAUCCAGCCCAAGAUUUGGUGCCUGCAGCCUCUUGUCUAGUUGAGGACUUGGGGGCAGGAAAAGAAGGAAGAUGAAA